AUGGGUGCCAUUUCAUAUUUUCUUACUUUCCUUUUGAUCCAUGGGCUGCUAUUAUCAUCUCAUAGUAGAUGCAUAUGCAAGGCUUUUGCAUGGGAAGCUCCAUCUAGGCCUUCUUCUGAUGCAAUUUCUUCAAAUGAUGUUCCUUUUCACAAUUUGGGGCUUCAUAGGAGGGCAAAACCAUCGCCGCCACCUCCAACUGUCAAUCCUCCUAUUCAUUUCAGCCCUCCUCCUCCUCGGGCACCGCCACCUCCUCCAUCACGACGUAACACAGGCAAGGCCUCUGCAUGGGAAGCUCCAUCUUGGUCUUCCCCUGAUGGGAUUUCAACAAAUCAAUUUUCUUAUUACAAGUUGAGGGGGUGUCUAGAAGGGGAAGACCACGACCUCCGCCUCCAAGGGUUAACGUUCCUAUUCAUUACAAAAGUCCUCCUCCUCGGUCACCACCACCGCCAACGCCACCACGAAGAUAUCCAAAUCCACCACCACCAUGUUGAUGCUAGAUAUCAUGCUUCGAAAGGUUGCUUAGUGAUUCAUAUGGAUAUGGUUUCAAGCAUCAAGGGAUUUUUGCUUUCUUCUGUGUCAUAA